AUGUGGCGACCGUGGGGAAAAUCAACGGCUCGGAUUCACAUCUCUUCAUCAUCAUCAUCAUCAUCAUUACCCUCAUCACCAUUCUCUUGUUCUUCCUUCAAAGACAUUCAAACCCUUUGCCUCGACGAACCUCCUCAACAAUCCUUACCUGCACCAACCCCAAAAUACCCUAUUUUCCAACGAGUCCGACUCGCCAACUCGCUCCUCCGAGCCUGGUCAAAUCACCUCCAACAACAACCCCACAGAUUACCCAGAACCCGCUCUCAUCCCGAACCCGACUCCGAACCAAAACCAGAACCAGAUCAAGAACCAGAACAAGAGCCAUCACGCAAUGAACCCACCCACGCGCCACCGCUACUCUCUCCACCUCCAUCACUCCCUCCACCGAUUUACUUCCCGGGAACAGAAGAGCGCGUGGUCAUAUACUUCACCAGCCUGCGCGUGGUGCGACCCAUCUUCGAAGACUGCAAAAGCGCACUCGCGAUCCUUCGUUCCUUCCGCGUUCACCUCGACGAACGUGACGUAUCUAUGGAUUCCUCCUUUUUGACCGAACUGAACCGGUUAAUGGGUCGAACCGGUUUAAAACUGCCACGUGUAUUCAUCAACGGAAAAUACGUUGGUGGUGGCGAAGAGAUUAGAACAAUGCUCGAGAUUGGCGAGCUCAAGAAGUUACUCGAAGACUUGCCCGUAGUGGAUCCAACCGAAUGCCACGUGUGCGCGGGUCACAGGUUCGUUCUGUGCAACGUGUGUAACGGUAGCAAGAAGGUGUAUACAGAUAAAGCUGGGUUUAAGAUUUGUAUUGUUUGCAAUGAGAAUGGGCUUCUUAGGUGCCCAUCUUGUUUUUCUUUUGAUUUAAUUAACAAUGAAAAAAUUGAAUGA